CUCUCUCUCUCUCUAGCUGGUGAGAGCGCGAACCUCUCUGCAAAACAAGUCGCCUACAGGAGACAAGCAAACCAUAAUUUAGAGGGAACCCGGAGAGUUAUAAGAAUGCCGCUGCGCCUUCAUCUCUCCAAAACCUGCCAAUUCACCCACGAACACCUGUAAUGUCGUGGAUCGAAGAUAAAUAACGGACAGCUUGUUCUCUCUCCAUUGUCGGGUUGAGCGGCACGAGCUCCCGCUACACACACAGCACGGGCGUUCCCGCGACUCCUCAGCCGCGGACGGAAGGGUGGCAGGAGAGAGGAGAGGGAGAAAGGAGGAGGCGAAGAGGAGAAGGGGAGAGAAGAGGGAGAGGAGGAGAGGAAACCCCCCUGUUUUGAAGCUAUACGCUAGUAAACAUAGACUAUAAGCAUACACAGUGAAUGAAGAGGAAAACGUCGCAGUGCUAUUUUAUUUCUGUGUGGAGGAGACUAGGAGGAGAGACGCCAAAGGAGAUAGACGCCAUCGGUGACAAGUGAAAGGACUCCGCUAUUGGGAUGGCUGAGGUUUUGCAACAGGAGAGAAUUCAGGCCAUCGCUGAGAAGAGGAAGAGGCAGACAGAGAUUGAGAGCAAGAGGAGACACCUGGAAGAUGACAGAAGACAGCUUCAACACCUCAAGUCGAAGGCUCUGAGAGAGCGCUGGUUGUUGGAUGGGGCUCCAGAGGAAGAUGAGACUCAGAGACGACUUCAGGAGGAUGAAGAGAGGACUAAGGCACUAGAGAAGAGCAUCCUCUGCCUGGAGCAGGAGAUAGAGGAGCUGGAGAAUCCGGUCGUGGCCAAAGAGAACAGAGGAGCUGUAAAUGGAGUAUCACAGAACCAGAGUCCUAGAAGAGAACUAACAGGAGUAGAAGCCAAGCUGUUGGGUCCCAGUCCAGACCAGGCCAGCGCUGAGAACCCUGUUACACUGGUCUUCAUGGGCUAUAAGGCUCUGGAGGGGGAGACAGGGGGGGAGACUCACUAG